AUGCAAGAGCAGAAUAAGCUACAGGUUGUUGUUGUUGGAAUUGGGGUUUGUUGCAGUUGGUCAGAUGGAAUUGAAGUGAUGCUAGUGAUGCAGAGAAGGGAAAGUGGAACUGAGAAGCCAAUAGUAGCAUUCAUUGCCGGUCUUACAUCUCCACCCGGUCGUCGUAUGGGUCAUGCUGGAGAUAUGCCUUUUGCAUUAUACGACUCUAAUUUUGUUGUUGUUGCAAAUGCAGCUAUUGUGUCAGGAGGAAAGGGUACUGCCCAGGACAAAAUCAAGACCCUGAGGGCAGCUGGGGUUACCGUGGUCGAGUCUCCAGCUAAGAUUGGUGUUGCCAUGCUAGAAUGUUUCAAGCAGCGAGGCCUCUUGAAGGAUUAG